UGUUAAAGCUUAGAGUAUAUUGUCUUCUCUUGCUUAUGAAGCCUCCACCCACUGGCCCACCCUACAUUUAGUGGAUCAUGUGACUGUGGUAAGUCAUUUGCAAGUACAACAGUUCUCUGUGAGCCCCCAUUCAUUUCCUGAAAACUACCCAGAGCAGCUGAGAGGAGCAGAGCAGAGGGGAGGGAGUCUCAGAGAGCGAGCGAGGAGAGGAAGACACAUACAGAGAGAGAGAGAGAGAGAGAGAGAGAGAGAGCGGACUGUAUAAGGAAAACAGUUUCUGCCGCUCUGCAGCUCCUGAUCAGACGCCAUCAAUAACAGGAUGUUAAUGCUUGACGGAAUGCCAGCGGUUCGUGUCAAAGCAGAGCCUCUGGAAUCUGAGAGAGGGUGCACCACCCCACACCCCUAUGCUUUGACACAAAAAACUUGCUCUUCUCACUGUGAUAGCUUAAUUACUCCCAGGCGUGGUACAAAAAAAGUUGGAGGUACAUGUGUGGGGAGGGGACUGGCCCUGAUGGCGCUGAUGGAGCUGUAGGAUGGGGAGAGAUUCACAGCUGAAGCAGGAAUGCUCUGAGGGUUUCCAGUCAGGGCCUCUGCAGUCAUGCUGGCCGUCUUGUCCCCUAAAGUGCACAGCUACCCUGAUAUGGAGGGGGUGCCCCUUCUCCUUAGCAAAGUGAAGGCAGAGCCGCCGGAGGAUCUGCUUUCUUCUGAGCACUUUCACACUCAGACAGAACCUGUGGACCUGUCGAUCAACAAAAAUCGUUCCUCGCCACCUUCCUCCACUGCCUCGCCCAUCACUUCUGCCUUCUCUCCAUCCUCCUCCUCUUCAUCUUCGUCAUCAUCCUCGCCUUCUGUCAUCGCCUCCAUCUCUUCAGGAAAGCCCUCAGUGUUGACUCCAGGGCCUCUGGUGGGCUCUCCGUCGGGCGUCCGAGGCCAGUCAUAUUUACACAUCAUCCACCCAGUGCCACCUUCCAGCCCCAGUAAACUGGCCAGACAGGUGCAGCGCAUCCCGGUGGUGGUGCAGUCACUACCACUUAUGUACACUACAGCAGUGCGCUCGCCCUCCAACCAUCUCAACUCCACCAUCAUGGUCCCACUGCUGGACGAGGCCAAGAGCCAAGGCAAAGCACAAUCAGACCUAAACGGCUUGUCACCAAGACAAAUCCGAAGUGACAGUGAUGAUGACGACCUGCCAAAUGUAACCUUGGACAGCGUCAAUGAAACAGGAUCCACAGCGCUGUCUAUAGCACGAGCAGUGCAGGAUUCCAUGUCACCGUUCAGUAUUGAGAGCAUGCGGCGGCCGCGGCAGUCCGAGUCUCCAGACUCUAAGAAGAGACGCAUCCACAGAUGUGACUUUGAUGGCUGCAAUAAGGUUUACACUAAGAGCUCCCACCUCAAAGCACACCGGAGAACACACACGGGUGAGAAGCCAUACAAGUGUACCUGGGAUGGCUGCACAUGGAAGUUUGCUCGCUCGGAUGAGUUGACGCGACAUUAUCGGAAGCACACGGGGGUGAAGCCUUUCAAAUGUGCGGACUGUGAUCGUAGCUUCUCACGCUCAGACCACCUAGCCCUGCACCGGCGCAGACACAUGCUGGUCUGAGUGAAGGCCACCUCACACUCCCUCUCUCUCCCACACACACACACACACACGUGCACUUGCACGCCGGGGGAGCUGGGUCUCUCCUUGCACUUGUUCAGCUGGGCUGGACGCAGUCAUGGCCAUCCCAGGCCCUGGUGAAAAGUGAGAGAGAGGAAGCUUGAAGGAUGAUGGACAGAAUGUUUUGAUAGAGCUGAACAGGGUCUGCCUCAAGGAUGGAGCAAAGCUGCUCUACAGAUCUGGGCUCAUCUUGAAGUUUCAGGACAUCUUGAACUGGAGCACUUGUCCAGAUCCUGGUUGUUGGUUCUUGCGUGAGAGUUCUUCUGUCUGCAUUAUUUUUUUUUUUUAAUUAGCAUCCUUGUUUUGUUCUCAUUUUAAAUGUCUGCUUCCCUUUUGCCACCGACAAUGUGAAGAAGUGCAGUAUUGAAUGGCUUCCUCUUUUCAGAUCUGGAGCAACAAUUUUCAUAAAUCUUGAUUUCCUCUUAACCCAGCACACCUGAUUAUGAGGAGUCAUUUCUUUGGCAACAGAGACUCUGAGUCAGCGAUUCCUGAGGUGAGGUGGCUGGAGAUUUUUCAUAUAAAACAAGUCUGCAAAUCAUCAAAUGAGAUUAUACACGCAGCAGGCGACACAUCACAGGAAUCAUGCAGUUUCUAUAUUAUAUUUUAUUUUCCGCUGAUGUUGGUUUUCACACUAAAAUGGUUUUCUGCAGCAUAUCUGCGGCACUGAAGUAUAUGGGGUACGUUUGGCUUUAAGAACUCUCAGCUGUUUCUUUAUGGUGACAAACAGGGAUAUAAAACAGUGCUUUCAGUUCUGUGAUCAGCCAGUGAGUGCGAUUGUACUCUGUUCAUAUGAUUUUGUGUUUUGAAUACUUUUCCCUGCUUAAGCCUUUUGCAGUUCUUCGAAUAUGGAUGAGCCCUGAAAUAAAUGAAUACAGUAGAGCACUAUGCUCAUCACACACAACACUGACCUCCACUAUGUUUGACUGGCUGACACAAUGAUAGCUCAAUGCCCUCUUUAGCUUUGGAAAAAUUUGGGUGCAAAAGAAAAAAAAAAACACACACAAUACAACAAGAACACAAAGCACACUUCUGCUAACACGGGCCUUUCAUGGUGUGAUCAUUUUGUUUUUUUUUUGUACUUGAACAGACAAUACAAGCCAGGAGAGCAAUACACUCACUCUAGAGUGACGGGAGAAGGAGAAGGCCUCAUGGCUGUCUCACUUACUCCACCAACAGAGGGCUUUGUAAACAUGGACAAAUUGCUGACUUUCUACCAUUGCCACUUGUUUUUCUAUACUAGAGAAUCUUGUAUAUUUGUAAUGGAUUUGUAGCUCUAGUUUUUAAAAUAGCAAAAGCAUAUUGCUAUUUUAGUCUCACACCUAAAGGAUUUGAUUGCACUCAGAAGAAUAGAUUUUCUUUUUAAAGAGCCAUUAAUUGUGGCACUGCAGGUUUGCCCAAAUGAAGCUUAUUUUGUUCCCAUAAACUCCUCCCUCUCUCUCUCUCUCUCUCUCUCUCUCUCUCACACACACACACACACACACAGAUAAUGCACAUGCACACAAUUGACAGAGGGCAUUUAAGUGAACAUUUCACUAGAGUCUUCUCAUUUUUUAAAUAAUUUCUGAACUUCUGUUACUCUGAAUCUGAAACAGCUCAUGUAGUUUUUCAAAGUAUAGUGCACUACUUUGGUCAAGUCUUGUCUGGUGCACUAAACAGUAAGCGGAUUCACCUUCAGCCUGAUUCCCAUAUACAAUCAGGCCACUAGAGGGCGAUCAGAGAACAAAAGUUGAGUAAGGAUCAAGGAAAAAAAAAAAAUCCAAACAAAUUGUAGAGUCUGUAUGUUCAUGUUUGUGGCAGUGAUUUGUCAUUGAGUUGAGGAGGUUAAGAAAUAAGUCAUUUAAUCUGAGCUUUUUAGAUGCUUUGCUCAUCUUUGGUGGCCUUAAGAUGAAUAUUAGAAGAUAUAUUUGACGAUAUGACAUACAGAAUCUGUUUUUCUAUCUCAAAUAAAUGCCAUCCUACAUACAAUGUUAAAGCGUCAGUUGUACAGUGGUGUGAGAGCAGCACUUUCAAAUGGCCAGUACAUGCCUCAGUGACAUUACUGCAAAAAAAUGCUAUCUUAAAUUUAAAACAUAUCUUAAAUAUAACCACAUUUAGCUAGUAUUAUUCUUUUAAUAGGAUUACAAUAAACUAAAUAUAUGUUUAUUCAACUAAUUUCUUGAUAUUUUGCUUCAAGCUUUAAAUGUUCAUAUUCUCUUGGCAGAUACGUUUGCUUAUUUUUAGAAAUGAAUGCUAAAAAUGUGAAAUAGAUCUUUCACCUUGAAAUGAAAGUAAAGUAUCAGGAAAUAGGGUUAAUAAUUUUAUAUUUGGUUCAUUGCAAUGUUAUAAAAGAAAUACUGGCUACAUUGGAUUAUUUCAAGGAAUUUACACUUACUAAGAUGUAAUUUUUUUGCAGUACACAUACAAACACACACACACACACACACACACACGCUCAUGUGCACUGCUGUUGGAAUCUCCAUGUUCAUACUAGCAAAACAAAAUUGAAGUGUGUUUUGUGAAAUGCUGUAAAAGGAAUGUGUCCAUUACGAACCUAUACCGUGACCAGCGUCACCUUGCUUUUUUUUGUGAUCUGAAGUAUUAUAAUCUAUUCUGUUGUUUUUUUUUUUGUUUGUUUGUUUGUUUGUUCGUCUACACAUGCGUGUUUCCUGUGGUACAUGGGCUUGAGUGUAUCAUCAGCACCUUGUUUUUAUGAAGUAUGAAUAUGAAAUGAAUUAUUUUCAGUUAGACAUAACAUUAAUCAGCAGUGUAUCUUAUCAUCUUAUACUGUAUUUUUGAGAAAUCUCCUCAAUGUGGGGCACUUCAUCUGCAUAUUGCUAUUUUAUGUAAAGAAAAAAAAAAGAAAUCUUUUAAAAUGUUGUAAUAUAUGUGAAAGUGAAAGUUAUUACUCAGUUUUUGAAGGCUGUAUAUACCUAUUCAGAAUAGGGCUUUUUAUUAGUUUUUUUUUUUUAAUACAAGGGAUUAACUUUAUACAACUACAAUACAGAGAUGAUCAUUACCUGUUGGUACACAGUGUAUCAUGGGACUGUGUGGGAGAGCAUCUUUAAUGCUCGUGUUCCUUAUGAUUAAGGUGUAGGGAUUAAACAAUCCAUCUAAAUGUACACAGUGUUGAAGAGCAGCUGCCUCUGUGCACAUUCAGCCAUUUCUAAUACUCUCUUACGUGUUUUUAUUACAAUAACAUUUCACGAAAUGUAAACCCAGUCAAAUGAAUGUCCCUUUCCAAACAGUAUUCAAGAGCCAUCAGCAUUUUUCUCUUUGCUUUUCUUUUUCUUUUUUUCCAAUUAUUAUUUAUUUCUCUUUUUUGCUGUUCUGAUAUCAGAGACAUUAGAUUUUGGCAUCAUUUCUGCUUCUGCACAGUAAAAAUGGUUGCCUAUAAAGUGUAUUAACAAAUUGAAAGUUUUAUAUCAAAUUUUUAUUUCGUGUUUAAAAAAAGAAGAGGAUGAUGAAAAAUAUGACAAUAAUUAAAGGGAGCAUCCUUUUUUUUUUAAACAAACAAACAAACAAACAAAGUAUUACUUUCUGCUCUGGCAUUCUUACACUUUCUGUGGCAUAAUUUUGUAACGGUGAACAGGGUCAAAGUUAUGCAAUAAUGAUGAGUGCCUAAUAUCUUAUACAAGAAGCACAUGCAGAAAGGCAAAAGAUGCCAUAAGCACAAAAGAAGUGCAUCCGGUACCAAUAAACCUGUACAAAAUACCCAACCCUAAUGUACAGUACCAAGCCUGUUUGUAAUGCACUGAGCCUUACGGACCAUUUGAAGACACCAUUUUAAACGAAAGCUGUGAACAUCCGCCCGUUAAUCACAUAGUGAGCAAUGCUGUAAGCUUCUCCUUGGGAGUAUAUGGAUGGAUAUACCUUACACAUUCAAUAUCAACUUGACUGAAGGACACAGUUUCUCCAUUAUUAAGGUUGACUUUUACCUCUUUGAUACAUUACAAAGACCUGAAUUUGAGUAAGAGGCACCUUACAGCUCAAUUUCGGUGCCUACAGAGUGGACCUAUACAGCACAAAAAAAAAGACAAUAUUGCUUUGUUAAUUCCUUUGUGAAUGGCCGUUUCUGAUUUGUAUUCAAUUUAUUCUGUACAGUAUUGCCUCAGUUUCAAUAUUAACUUCAUUUCUUAAUCUAAAUAUUUACUUUAUUUUGUCUUUUUUUUUUUCUCGGAUAUUCUGUGAUUAUCGUUCUUGUAUUUAUGUAUAGUGUAUGUGUAUUGUAAAUAUAUAUUUCAGAGCUUUUCAUUUUACUGCAGAGUUGUGACUUUUUGCCCUGCUUUGCUUCAAAGGGAAUCCCUUCACACUGAAUCCUAUCACAGAAUGUCUUCAUUUCAAAUAAAAAAAAAAACAAGUGUUUAUUCUUUAUUUUAAUUCUCCAGAAAGUGUCUAGAUAUUAUGUGCUUUUGAUUUUCUCUGUAGUUUUCCUUUUAUUCCCUAAAGAUUGAGCUGUGAAUUUAAAUCGAGUUUUAACAUGAUAUUUGUAUGAUAAUCUAAUCGGAGGCAUGGAAGUUAAUAAAGUUGCAUUUUGUAUGGAA